AUGUUAAAUUUCACGUCAAGAGAAAAGGAAGACUCUGUGAAAUUAUCCGUAUGCUUAUUGAGUUCCGCUGAAGAGAGCGAGGAUGUCAAAUGUAAAUUCAAUUCUCACAUUUUUAUCUACGUGAACGCAAUUCUAUCCAUCACUGCUCUGCCUGGAAACUUCAUCAUCCUCGUCGCCCUUUGUAAAGAUUCUUCUCUCCAUCCACCAUCAAAACUUUUACUUCGUUGGCUCUCGUGUACAGACCUCUUGGUAGGAAUGAUUUCCCAGCCCAUAUUUAUUGUUUAUCACAAGAUGAUCGCUGACAAAGUGGGUGACGUUUGUGAAGUAACUGAAAGCUUAGCUUACAUUACAAGUGCAGUAUUGUGCGGACAAUCUAUUAACACAUUGACUCUUAUAAGUACGGACAGGCUCUUUGCUUUGCUGUUCAGGCUGAGAUACAGGCAGAUUGUAACUUUAAAACGUGUCCGUUCAUUGAUCAUAUCUUCAUGGAUUGUAAACUUCACUUUUGCAUUGACUUAUUUGUGGAACAAACAAUUUUUCUUUAUGGGCUCCUGCAUAUGGCUAUGGCUGUUCUUAAGCAUAUCUUCUUGUUGUUACUUGAAAAUUUAUUUCCAAAUUCGCCGCCAACAAGCGCAAAUACAGGAACAUGAUUCCAAUUCUACAGCUUCUUUAAACUUGGCGCGGUACAAGAAGACUGUUUUAAGUGCACUUUGUAUACAUUUAACAUUAUCAGUGUGUUAUCUCCCUUACACUGUCACGACUACUAUUAUUUCACUUGAAGGAAUAUCAAACUGUAAAGCUAUCAUUUGGAACAUUGCUGGAGUGUUGGUUUUUCUAAACUCGUCUUUGAACCCAGUUUUGUACUUCUGGACACUAAGAGAAAUAAGACGAACAGUGAUGGACAUUUUCAGACAAUUUUUUUCCUCAUCGUAACAUCAAAUACAAAGCCCUCCUACUAGAGCGGAAGUUAGUAGUUUUAAUUGACUUUGUGAAAAUAAGAUACAGUUGAAAGUUUGUUAAGCGGUUUGGAAGCGUUUUUCGAUUGAUAUACGAAAGACUAAAACCAAAGUAAUUGGGACAUCAAGUUAAAAUAAAGGUUAAUUUUACAAGUAGCGUGUAAGAACUCAAAAUGGAAACAAGCAAACUCCCUGAAGCGUGAUAAAGCACGGGCGAUCAAGUCGUGAUUGGUUUCAGCUUUGAACCUCAGUGGUCGAAUCGGUGACGCGAUUUUUGUGGACCAACCACAGAGCUUAAUGAAGUAAACCAACACAAUACCAGAUUGCUUUCGACGCUCAACGUUGUUUGUAAACCGUUAAGCUGAUGCCUUAAACGCUCUCACUGACAGUUGUAGUUUUACAGAGAAUACCUACUGAAUUCUAAAAUUGUGUGCAUCUGUAAAAAUAUCCUCCAAAAUUUUUAAACUUCUUAAUGCAGUCUGACCAAAGUCCUCCGCAAACCGCGUUUAUAAUUAUUAUCAUCAUUAUUUUUAUUAUCCUAAGUGAGCGCGCCAAGACUUCCGCACAGGUCCUCUUUGGUAAGCUUUUUUUCCCUCUAAGCAAGUUCUUUUAUUCAUUACUUUCAUAUUAUGUGUCAAUAUCGUAUGCAAGCUAAACAUACUAUGGCUCGAUUAAGUUACUUUUGCUAGAACUAGGGGGUAUAUUUGAAUCACAAUGUCCUGAUUUAUCACAUUUCCAGCUUUAUUUCUUCUCUUUUCUUCAUUAAGUAUUCGGGCCGAAGUCACUGUGAUCAACAAUAAAAACAAUGUUUUUCAAAUAGUUAAUUUUGUUGACAUCAUACAUCCAUAGCACCAGAAGGACGAUGAGAGGCAUAGUAUACCAAGAAGGCUUCACCUUUUAGUGAGAGUAAACCGUCCUUCGCCUACUCCUUAAUUUUUGCCAUCUAUUCUGAUUCUUCUUCAAUACCCUGCUUUAUAGAUUGAAAUGAGAACUAGGCUUUCCUACCAGUAGAGGCCUCUGUAUUCAGCGCUAAAUACGAGGAAAAGAGGCCUCUGCUUGCAGGACACAACUACCAAGCCCAGUGAGCCUUGAGCCGGUGCCACGAUAAUACAGGAAAAUAUUUUUGGGAAAUAAUUAUCAUGGCAAACAGUUUUCCUGGCUCGUCAAAGCGGCUAUUUUGUGGAUCUUUAGAAGAGAUUUGGUUUUAAGAGGUUGACAAUCACAUGUGUGCUAACUUUAUAUAUUUCUAGUCAAAAUCUUUUUUAGAAUACACAUGAUGUUGUAAAAGGGUGUCCAUUUGAAAUCUCUCUCCACCCCGUGGGGAACCUUGUAUAAAGAUUAACUCAAAUCAGAAGUCUAUACAUAGAUCCUUAAAGUGCAUUUGUCAAACACAAUUAGCUCAGCUUUUUAAGGUAUUUUCAUUUACGUUAGUCAGCAAUAAGGUCGGUUAUUUAGUCACCUAAACAAACAAUAACUUAAAAUUUCGUUCACUGCGCCAAUAUCAAUUUCUCUUUUCUGUGUCCUGAAUAUUAGAUUUUUUAAUUGAUUCAUUACUCAUCAUUUUGGAUUGAAACAAAAAAGUAAUCCAAAAGAUGGAAUUAAUUUAUCUUUUUUUCUGUUAUUUUUGAUUUUGCGUUAUUUAAAUUUUACAAUUCUUUUAUCGCCAAACGAAGGAUCAAAGAAUAUUGCAUCAAAAAUAAAUUACUGAAGAUACUUCUCCCGAUAACUGACGUUUAUUACAUAAAAAAGACAGUCCCAUUACUCAUUUGUCAAAAGUAUUUGUUAUUGGAUGUCAGUCAGCAUGACCUCCUCAAUGAACUUUGUUGGGAGAAGUACCCCCUCCCUUAGCAUUCAAUGGCACAGCAUUCAGCGACUGUGAUAAUUUUUUUCUGAUUCUGAAACCAAAAUGAGUAAUUUGACUUUACAGCUAUCUUCAUGUUCGAUAAAUGUGGACCGGAAUGAAGGAACUAAGCUCAUAUUCAAUCCUUAUUUUUUUGUUCCGGUCAAUUUUAUACUGUCGGUCUCCGUGCUGUUUGGGAAUAUUUUAAUCCUUGUGGCCCUUCAGGAUGUUUUAACGAUACAUCCGCCGUCGAAGCUUCUGUUUCGUUGUCUUUCGAGCACUGAUCUCUGCGUUGGCCUUAUUUCACAGCCGGUGUUCAUUGUUUAUCUUUUCACGAUCGCUAACAAGAAAUGGAACUGGUUUUGUGGACUAUCUGAGACUUUAGCAUACAUUUCAAGCGCUCUCUUGUGCGGAGAAUCUAUCACCACGUUGACAGCUAUGAGCGUUGACAGGCUUUUGGCUCUGCUAUUGGGAUUGAGGUACAGAACCGUUGUCAGUUUUAAGCGCGUCCUUACGUUUGUAAUAACAUCUUGGAUCUCAAAUUUUGCACUUGCUAUGACAUAUUUUUUUUAA